AUGGAGGAGUGUGCUGUCUUUACGGAUAAAGUAAAAGAUCCUUCAUUAGAAACUCCGAUCAUCAUAGGUUUCUCUAUUUUGUACAGCACAGAGUUUGUACUGGGCAUUGUCGGUAAUAUUGGCGUUAUAUUUUUCACAUUCGGCCAUCGAAAGUUACAAACAGUACAGAAUAUGUUCAUUCUGAAUUUGGCACUUGCUGAUCUGAUCGUUUGCAUGUUCUCCCUGCCUCUUACACCAGUUACGAGUAUUUAUAAAAAUUGGUAUUUUGGCGAGCUUAUGUGCCAUUCUCUUCCAUGGAUUCAGGGUGCCAGUGUGUUUGUGGCCACAUUCAGCCUUGCAGCGAUAGCUAUUGAUCGUUAUAUGAUGGUUGUUACACCACAUCAAAGGAGAAUGACAGCACCUCAUGCACGACUUGUGAUGGUUUGCUUAUGGGUCAUGUCGGGGCUUAUAACACUUCCAUAUUCCUGGUUCAUGACUUUGGAAGAGCAUGAAGGUCUAUGUGGCAAGUUCUGUACCGAGGCUUGGCCUAACGCGAGGCUACGACAGUAG